AUGGAUAAGCCUCGCUCUGAAAAAACCGCCUUCGUGAUCAUGAUACCUCCCCUGCCAGGUAAGUAUGAGUUGCUGCCCACCCACCGCCCAACACGCUCGAGCUCGCCCCACUCUGCACGCACGGUCACUUCCCUCGCACCACCCCCGCACACUCAGCCCCUGCGCGCCCCUCGGCCCGGCCUCGCCCACCCGGGGAACAACCUCAGGAACCUCCGCGUGUGCACACGCAGGACACCGAGGCCCGGGAGGAGCGGGACCAGCAGCCUCUGCGCGCCGCUCAUCUACAUACGCCACGCCCCCUGCCGGGAUGUCCCGGAUGUCAUGUUGUUCCAGGCGGGGGCGCGGGACCUACUAACCCCACCCGAGACUCGCCGGUGUCUCGGGAAGGGAGCGCGGGGUGGGUCGGGGCUCGAGUCUCGUCUCUCCUUCCUUUCAGCAAAAAAGGCCGCGGUCCCCACUUGUAGAAAGAGGGACGGCGGGGAGGAAACGAGGCAUCUUGAAACUCGGCGCCCGGAUGCCGGCCACCACCACGCCCGGGCCGCAGCCACCCCGCAGGAUUGCCGGGUCCUCGCACCCUCACCCGGCGCCCUGGAGGUCCCCCGACCUGAAGCCUCCACCUUCAGUGCCUCCCACCACGUGGCCUACUUCGAAGCUUCUGCCAAACUGCGCCUCAACGUGGAUGAGGCCUUCGAGCAGCUGGUGCAGGCCGACGGGAGGAGAAGGGGAAGACAGAGGAUGAGAUGGUUGGAUGGCAUCACCGGCUCAAUGGACAUGAGUUUGAGUAGGCUCCAGGAGUUGGUGAUAGACAGGGAAGCCUGGCAUGCUGCAGUCCAUGGGGUCGCAAAGAGUCUGUCACUACUGAGCGCCUGAACUGAACUGAACUGCCUCUCAAACUGGAGACUGUGUUUCUGCUUUGUCUUCCUCUCCUGGCAAACUACUGUGGUCAC